AGUCCGGUUGACAACGGCUAAGCAGCUGCCGCAGCUGCUGUUCUGGCUGGCACCGUUACCCCUGGCUCCACGCGUGUCCUCAUCCAGCAGCCCUACCCGCUCUCGCCUCCCGUCCCUUUGCUUCUGUGGACGCGGCUGCCAAAAGUGGAAGCCAAAAAAGCAUGUGAAUGGCUUCGGGCAACAGGAUUCCCUCAGUAUGCUCAGCUUUUUGAAGAGGGUGUGUUCCCCCUGGAUAUUGGCUCUGUGAAGAAGGACUACAGUUUUCUGGACCAGGACUCUCUGGGGGCCCUGUGCAGGAGGCUGAUGACCUUGAACAAUUGUGCUUCGAUGAAGCUCGAGGUUCAUUUUCAAUGCAAACAGGAUGAAGACUCUGAAGAGGAAGAACAAUGCACCAUCAGCAGCCACUGGGCCUUUGAGCAGGAAAGCAAGUGUGGGUCUCCCAUGGGCUCUUCUGCCCUGCUGGCCCCACCAAGCCCUAGCCUUCUGGGGACCUCGAGCUGUGAAAGUGUCCUCACUGAGCUUAGUGCUGCCUCCCUGCCAGCCAUCUCUGUGAGCCUCUCACCAGAGUCAGCAGACCUGGCCUUGCUAGAUCGUGUCGCCAUCCCAAGUAACCAGCCCUUCCUUAGUCCCACCCAGGGCCAGGAGGCUGCUCAAGACAAAGUAAAGAAGCAUUAUUCUCGAAGCUUCCUCAAGCACCUUGAAUCUCUAAGGAGGAAGGAAAAGGGUGACAAUCGGCAAACAGAGCCUGAGCAACGCCUGGCCACUUCAGAAAAGGCCACCAAGGCUUCUUCUUUCCGCAGUUGCCGUGGCUUUCUCUCAGCUGGAUUUUACAGGGCCAAGAACAGGGCCACUACUUCAGCCCGGGGCAGAGAAGGUGAGACGCAGAAGGCCUGGGAGGCUUGGCCCAUAGCCACAUUCCGGCAUCCUCAGCCUGUUCGCCGGCAUGACUGCCUGGUGCAUGUGCCCGGAGACCAUAAACCAGGCACAUUCCCUCGUUCUCUGUCCAUUGAAAGUCUUUGUCCAGAUGAUGGCCAUCACCUGGCAGAUUGGAAGCCAGGUAGGUGCUGGGGCUAUGAAGGGCGCCGGGGCUCCUGUGGUUCCACAGGCAGCCAUGCCAGCACUUACGACAACUUGCCUGAGCUGUACCCAGCUGAGCCUUUCCAGGCCGAGGCUGAGGCUGGAGAUGAGGAGGGCGAAGGCAGUUAUGCCCAUCUAGAUGACAUCCUGGAGCACGUGUGGGGGCUGCAGCAACGGGUAGAGCUCUGGUCUCAGACCAUGUACCCGGACCUGAGGCCUGGAGAUAAGGAAGAGGAAGAGGAGGAAGAGGAAGAAGCUGCUUCAUCCAUUGAAAUUGCCACAGCUGAGGUGGAAGGCCAGGAUGAAGAUCUAGCCCAGGCAGAGUCUCAAGUCCUCAGAGAGUUUCCACCCCAAGCUAAGGAGGAAGUCCCACUGAUAAUACUGGCUCAGGCCCCUGCUGUGGUAGAGCCAUUGGUACAGGCCGAGGCUACGGCUCCAGCCCAGGCCCAGGACCAUGAGCAAGAAGCAAACUUGGCUGCUGAGCCUGCUUCUGCCUCCAGCCUGUCUGUGGAAGAAGGACACUCCAUUUCUGACACUGCUGUUUCCUCCAGCGAACUUGACAGCAGUGGCAACUCCAUGAAUGAGGUAGAAGCUGCAGAAGCCCAAGCAGGACUCCAAGCAUCAGUGCCCCGUGAGCGACGUGAUUCAGGUGUUGGGGCCUCACUUACCAGACCGUGCAGGAAACUCCGCUGGCACAGCUUCCAGAACUCCCACCGCCCCAGCCUCAACUCAGAGUCGCUGGAGAUCAACCGGCAGUUUGCGGGCCAGAUCAACCUGCUUCACAAGGGCUCGCUGCUGCGGCUCACUGGCUUCAUGGAGAAGUACACUGUGCCCCACAAACAGGCCUGGGUCUGGUCAGUGCCCAAGUUUAUGAAAAGGAAUAAGACCCCAGACUACCGGGGGCACCAUGUAUUUGGAGUACCACCCCUCAUUCAUGUGCAGCGCACCGGCCAGCCUCUGCCCCAAAGCAUCCAGCAAGCCAUGCGCUACCUACGGAGCCAGUGCCUAGAUCAGGUGGGCAUCUUCCGCAAGUCUGGGGUCAAGUCCAGGAUCCAGAGCCUGCGCCAAAUGAAUGAGACCUCCCCUGACAACGUCUGUUAUGAGGGCCAGUCGGCCUAUGAUGUGGCUGACCUACUGAAGCAGUAUUUCCGGGAUCUGCCUGAGCCCAUUUUCACCAGCAAGCUCACCACCACUUUCCUGCAGAUCUAUCAGCUCCUUCCCAAAGAACAGUGGUUGGCAGCAGCACAAGCUGCCACCUUGCUGCUCCCCGAUGAAAACCGAGAAGUGCUACAGACCCUGCUCUACUUCCUAAGUGACAUCGCCUCUGCCGAGGAAAACCAGAUGACAGCUGGCAACCUAGCAGUGUGCCUGGCACCCUCCAUCUUCCACCUCAAUGUCUCCAAGAAGGACAGCCCUUCUCCCAGGAUCAAAAGCAAACGCAGCCUGGUUGGUCGGCCAGGCCCCAGGGACUUGAGUGAGAACAUGGCUGCCACCCAGGGCCUGUCACACAUGAUCAGUGACUGCAAGAAACUUUUCCAGGUGCCCCAGGAUAUGGUGGUGCAACUGUGUGGUUCAUAUAGUGCAGCUGAACUCAGCCCCCCCGGACCAGCUCUGGCUGAGCUCAGGCAGGCACAGGCUGCUGGGGUGAGUCUCAGCCUCUACAUGGAAGAGAGUGUGCAGGAGCUGCUUCGGGAUGCUGCAGAACGCUUCAAGGGUUGGACCAAUGUGCCAGGGCCCCAGCACACAGAGCUGGCUUGUAGGAAGGCACCAGACGGGCACCCCCUGAGGAUGUGGAAGGCAUCCACAGAAGUGGCUGCCCCUCCAGCUGUGGUUCUGCAUCGUGUGCUGAGGGAGCGGGCCCUGUGGGAUGAGGACCUACUGCGGGCCCAGGUGCUGGAAGCCCUGAUGCCAGGGGUGGAGCUGUACCACUAUGUCACUGACAGCAUGGCACCCCAUCCUUGCCGUGACUUUGUGGUGCUCAGGAUGUGGCGCUCAGACCUGCCUCGUGGUGGAUGCCUCCUUGUCUCCCAGUCCCUGGAUCCUGAGCAACCCGUGCCAGAGUCUGGAGUGCGGGCCCUCAUGCUUACUUCCCAGUACCUCAUGGAGCCCUGUGGCCUUGGCCGCUCUCGCCUCACUCAUAUCUGUCGUGCUGACCUCAGGGGCCGUUCUCCUGACUGGUACAACAAAGUCUUUGGGCACUUGUGUGCCAUGGAAGUGGCAAAGAUCCGGGACUCUUUCCCCACACUUCAGGCAGCUGGCCCUGAAACCAAGUUGUGAGCCUUAGACUGGUGUUGCCUAGGCCUCUGCUACCAAAGAAACGAAUGGGAAGAAGAACGGAGACAGCCCUAGGGACAGAGCCAGGCUCAGGUGGCCAGCUGCCUGUCAGAUUACAUCCUAAUGCUAGUCUGCACAUGCACAAGGGAACA